ACGGCGGGGCGUGUGCGCGCGCACCACGCUCACGCACCGGCGCGUCCCUCCCGCAGACUCUAGGCGGUUGGUCAGUGGGGCGUUCUCUGGCGUGUCGCGACCUAGAGGCUCCAGGCUCAUGGCCUCCUUAGGAGCGACCCCAAGCAGGACGCCGCAGGGAUCGGGACCUAGAGAGGCCCCCGCCCGCUUCCCCAGCCCGGCCGCAGUGCCGGCCCCCAGGGAGGCCGAGGAAGAGGGAGGCGAGGAGGAGGAGGAGCCGGCCGAGAUCCAUCUGUGUGUGCUGUGGAAUUCAGGAUACUUGGGCAUUGCCUACUAUGACACUAGUGACUCCACUAUCCACUUCAUGCCAGAUGCCCCAGACCACGAGAGCCUCAAGCUUCUCCAGAGAGUUCUGGACGAGAUCAAUCCCCAAUCUGUUGUUACGAGUGCCAAGCAGGAUGAGACUAUGACUCGGUUUCUGGGAAAGCUUGCCUCCCAGGAGCACAGAGAGCCCAAGAGACCUGAAAUCAUAUUUUUGCCAAGUGUGGAUUUUGGUCUGGAGAUAAGCAAACAACGCCUCCUUUCUGGAAACUAUUCCUUCAUCCCAGACUCCAUGACUGCCACUGAGAAAAUUCUCUUCCUCUCCUCCGUUAUUCCUUUUGACUGCCUCCUCACAGUUCGAGCACUUGGAGGGCUGCUGAAGUUCCUGGGUCGAAGAAGAAUCGGGGUUGAACUGGAAGACUAUAACGUCGGCAUCCCCAUCCUGGGCUUUAAGAAAUUUGUGUUGACUCAUCUGGUGAACAUAGAUCAAGACACUUACAGUGUUCUGCAGAUCUUUAAGAGCGAGUCUCACCCCUCAGUAUACAAAGUGGCCAGUGGACUGAAGGAGGGGCUCAGCCUCUUUGGAAUCCUCAACAGAUGCCGCUGUAAGUGGGGAGAGAAGCUGCUCAGGCUGUGGUUCACACGUCCAACUCAUGACCUGGGGGAACUCAAUUCUCGUCUGGACGUCAUUCAGUUUUUCCUGCUGCCCCAGAAUCUGGACAUGGCUCAGAUGCUGCAUCGACUCCUGGGUCACAUCAAGAACGUUCCUCUGAUUCUGAAACGCAUGAAGUUGUCUCACACCAAGGUCAGCGACUGGCAGGUUCUCUACAAGACUGUGUACAGUGCCCUGGGCCUGAGGGAUGCCUGCCGCUCCCUGCCGAAGUCCAUCCAGCUCUUUCGGGACAUUGCCCACGAGUUCUCUGAUGACCUGCACCAUAUUGCCAGCCUCAUUGGGAAAGUAGUAGACUUUGAGGGCAGUCUUGCUGAAAAUCGCUUCACAGUCCUCCCCAACAUAGAUCCGGAAAUUGAUGAGAAAAAGCGAAGAUUGAUGGGACUUCCCAAUUUCCUCACCGAGGUUGCCCGCAAGGAGCUGGAGAAUCUGGACUCCCGUAUUCCGUCAUGCAGUGUCAUCUAUAUCCCUCUGAUCGGCUUCCUUCUUUGUAUUCCUCGCCUGUCUUCCAUGGUAGAGGCCAGUGACUUUGAGAUUGACGGACUGGACUUCAUGUUUCUCUCAGAGGAGAAGCUUCACUAUCGUAGUGCCCGAACCAAGGAGCUGGAUGCAUUGCUGGGGGACCUGCACUGCGAGAUCCGGGACCAGGAGACACUGCUGAUGUACCAGUUGCAGUGCCAGGUGCUGGCACGAGCAGCUGUCUUAACCCGAGUAUUAGACCUUGCCUCCCGUCUGGAUGUCCUGCUGGCUCUUGCCAGUGCUGCCCGGGACUAUGGCUACUCAAGGCCCCGUUACUCCCAAGUCCCUGGGGUACGAAUCCAGAAUGGCAGACAUCCUCUGAUGGAACUCUGUGCCCGAACCUUUGUGCCCAACUCCACAGAAUGUGGUGGGGACAAAGGAAGGGUCAAAGUCAUCACCGGACCCAACUCAUCAGGGAAGAGCAUAUACCUCAAACAGAUAGGCUUGAUCGUAUUCAUGGCCCUGGUAGGCAGCUUUGUGCCAGCAGAGGAGGCCGAAAUUGGGGCAGUAGAUGCCAUCUUCACGCGAAUUCAUAGCUGUGAAUCCAUCUCCCUUGGCCUCUCCACCUUCAUGAUCGACCUCAACCAGCAGGUGGCGAAAGCAGUGAACAAUGCCACUGCACAGUCGCUGGUCCUCAUUGAUGAAUUUGGAAAGGGAACCAACACGGUGGAUGGGCUUGCACUUCUGGCCGCUGUGCUCCGACACUGGCUGGCACUUGGACGCACAUGCCCCCACAUCUUUGUGGCCACCAACUUUCUGAGCCUUGUUCAGCUACAGCUGCUGCCACAAGGGCCCCUGGUGCAGUAUUUGACCAUGGAGACCUGUGAGGAUGGCAACGACCUUGUCUUCUUCUAUCAGGUUUGCGAAGGUGUGGCGAAGGCAAGCCAUGCCUCCCACACAGCUAUCCAGGCUGGGCUUCCCAACAGACUCGUGGCUCGUGGCAAGGAGGUCUCAGACUUGAUACGAAGUGGAAAACCCAUCAAGCCUGUCAAGGAUUUGCUAAAAAAGAACCAAAUGGAAAAUUGCCAGACAUUAGUGGAUAAGUUUAUGAAACUGGAUUUGGAAGAUCCUAACCUGGACUUGAAUGUUUUCAUGAGCCAGGAAGUGCUGCCUGCUGCCACCAGCAUCCUCUGAGAGUCCUUCCUAUGCCCUCCUCAGCCUCCUGAGACCCCAGUGGGCUGCCAUGCCCUCUUUGUUUUCUUAUCUCCUUCAGACCCAGAAUUUUUAGUUUCUCUAGAAAUUUUGUUUUAUAUUAGGAAUAAAGUUUAUUUUGGAGAAA